UUGGCUCCUUUGUUGGCGCAGGGUUGCUGCAACGAAAAUACAACGGGCGCACGACGUCAAUGACCGUGGAGGUGCCAGCCUUUCGGGAGGCCACUCGAGAUCCCCAGCUUUUCCCAAAGAGUGGGUCAGACGUGCCUGUAAUUUGGUCUCGAAAGCCGCACGAUGCCACCUGCGGGACAACCUGGGUCGCCCGAACGACGACGCAAGUGUCUACCAGCGCUCCUGGAAGGCGAUAUACUUCUCACCGUUCAUGGGACCGAAGCACUGCUUCAAACUACCAGUGACGGACACAGCUAUGUCGCACAUGCUCGGUUUGUGCUGCUGCAAGUCGUGCGAAGACUGCCAAAAGCGGCUACGCGUCCGGAUGCCGUCGUGCCUGGGUGGCGGGGAAGGAGGAGAAGAGGAGCAGCAGCCGCAACAACAGCAAGGUGCAGUCACCCAAGAGCCUUCGUCCUCGUCUUCCGAGGGUGCCAUCCCUCCGGGUGCAGCUGGUGCUGCUGCGGCAGCGGGUUUAAAGCUCGAAGUCGGAUCAAGCUAUUCGGACACCUCGUCCACGAUCAGCGAGGACAGCUGGCGCCCACCGGUGAGGAUCCCACCGGCGAGGCUCCCACCGACUGACUCUCCCCAACCCGGCCCCAGUGGUAUGUCAACGGUCAGCGUCGAUAUGGUCAAGGACCCGUCCUACACCACCAGCGAGGACUCGGAGACGCCCCCUUAGGCGCUGCUGUUCCACCUAUAGGUGCAUCCCUCCUACAGAGGGCAGCGAACCGCAAGGACAUUGUCACUACUUUUAUGCCACAGAUCUCCCGUAACUUUCUACAGCCUGUGAACAUUUUUAUUGCUAUUUUACAAAUAAACCUUCCUGUGAAUCUUUGCAGAA